AUGUUGAACUAUUUGGACAAGAAUAGGACUGCUAUAAUUUAUUUGGAGCACAUUGGAGGAUUGACUUAUCUUGAUAGUGCAGCCCAAGAAACUGAUCCAAAUAUGCAAUCCAACUUUGAUUUGGGGUCCUUUAAUUUUGAUCCAAAGAGUGGAUUAGAGUAUAUUUACUUUGAUGCUGGAAAUGUUCAAAUUGGUUUUGGGAAUGUUGAAUUUGAUUUUGGGAUUGCAAAUGUGAAUGUUGAUGAUAUUGGAUUUUUGGAUCUAAAUUUUAAACCUGAUGUAGAUGGAGGGCAAAAGGAUUUUGCUGGUCAUGUUGUAAUCACAGACGAAGAAGAAUAUAGUGAUUCAUCAAGUGAUGAUGUUGUAUAUUACAGUGACCAUUCCUACCAGGAAGAAGAUGAUGAUGGGUUAUAUGAGACAUUUGUUGAUGAGAACGAAAAAUUUGUGGGGGUAAGGGUCACUACUGAAGAAGAAGUUGCGUUUGAUGGGAAUGGUGAUGAGAUUGUGCUCAGUGAUGAUGAUUCCAAAUAUGGUUUUGAAAGCAGUUAUUACACCUCAAGUGAUGAAGAAAAUAGUCUUAGAAGGAAGCAUCACUUUAAGAAUUUUAGGCCUGAAACUGAUAUGGAAGAUCCCCAGUUCAAGAUGGGAAUGUUAUUCAGCACACCUCAAGAGUUCAAAGCAGCAGUGAAACAACAUGCAAUUAAGCACCAAAGGCAGGUAAAGAUGGUCAAGAAUGAUAAGAGGAGGAUUAAAGCCAAGUGUUUUGGGGGGACUGAUCCAGAAAAACCUUGUCCAUGGGAGGUAUAUGCAGCCAAAGUUAUGACUGAGUCUACUUACCAAGUGAGAACCUACAAGGCGAUACAUAAAUGUGGAAAAACCUACUCAAAUAGGAAUGUAACCUCAACAGUCAUAGCUAAGAAGUAUAUGGAUGAUUUAAGGAUUAAUCCAGGGAUGCCUAUUGCUGCCUUGAAAGAGAGAGUGAGGAAGGAACUAAAAGUUGAUGUUUCUAGGAACCAAUUAUACAAGGCAAAGAGAAAAGCUGGUAAGCUCAUUUAUGGUAAUGAUAUUGAACAAUAUGGGAAACUGUGGGACUAUUGUGAGGAGCUAAGGAGGACCAAUCCAGGCUCAACUGUGGUAAUGGAUGCCUCAUUGGAUGAAGUCACUGGGCAACCAAGAUUCAACAGGUUGUACAUUUUCUUAGCAGCUGUGAAGAGUGGGUAUCUAGCAGGUUGCAGAAAGAUAAUAGGUGUAGAUGGUUGUCACUUAAAAGGGGAAUAUAGUAGCCAGCUCCUCACAGUAGUUGGGGUGGAUCCAAACAAUGCUAUGUAUCCUAUGGCAUGGUGUGUGGUGGAGAAUGAGAAUAAAGAUACAUGGACAUGGUUUCUUACACUUAUGAAGAUGGACCUCAAUAUUACAGAAGCCAAUGAACAUGAAUGGACAUUCAUCAAUGAUAGGCAAAAGGGUUUGUUGCCAGCAAUUAAUGAAAAUAUAGUCAGAUCAGAGCAAAGGUAUUGUGCUAAGCACAUAUUAAGCAACUUUCAAAAGCAAUUCAAAGGUUUGUCCCUUGAAAACAAGUUCUGGGAAUGUGCUAAGGCAUCCCAUGUAGCACAAUUUCAUGAUGCAAUGGAGAAGAUGAAGGAAGAAGAUCCUGCAGCAUAUCAAUGGUUAGCCAAAAUACCUGCAAGUCAUUGGAAUAGAUCACAUUUCAAGGAAAUUGUGAAAUGUGACAUGGUGUGCAACAACUUAUGUGAAACAUUCAACAGAGCUAUAUUGGACGCUAGGGAUAAACUAAUUAUAGAAAUGUUGGAGUGGAUUAGGUGUUAUCUGAGUAAGAGGAUGGUGAUUAGAAGAGAGUGGAUUAAGAAAUUCAAAGAAGAGCUCUUACCUAACUGUUAUAGCAAGUUAGAGGCAUUGAAGGAUUAGGCAGCACCUUAUCAAGCUGAAUGGUUUGGUGAUCUCCAAUUCCAAGUUAGAUGUGGUGAUGGGGAACAAUACACAGUGUUCCUAGAUUUACAAUCUUGUAGUUGUAGAAGGUGGGACUUGACUGGGAUACCUUGUGUCCAUGCAAUUGCAGCAAUCCAAGAGAGACAUGAGAGAGAAGAACAUUUUAUACAUCCUUGUUAUUCCAAGUCAAGUUACGCUAAGGCAUACCAACCAUUGAUCAAUCCUGUUAAUGGCUAUAAAAUGUGGCCUAAAACAGGUCACACACCAGUUUUGCCUCCAAAGGGGAGGAGAAAAUUUGGAAGGCCAAAGAAGAAAAGAAUUAGGGCUCCAGAAGAAUAUUUGAAUCCAAAGGAUCCAACCAAGUUGAGAAAACUAGGACAGAACUCAGUUUACUGUAGAAGGUGUGGGAAACAUGGCCACAACCGGAGAACUUGCACCACACCCUUGCCUGAGGCUAAUGGAACCAUUAUACAAGCAAGGGGGAGAGGAAUUAGUGUGCAGCCAAGUGCUAGGGGGGGUUCUGUGCAACCAAGGGGCAGAGGAACUAGUGUGCAACCAAGGGGCAGAGGAACAAGUGUGCAACCGACGGGCAAUGGAACAAGUGCAAGGGGUAGAGGAGGGGGUGUGCAGCUUAGGGGCAGGGGAAAUAGUGUGAAGACAAGAGGUGGGGGAAUUGUGCAACCAAUAGGCAAGGGAACUAGUGUCAAUAUAAGAGGUGGAGGAAGUGGUGUGAAAACAAGAGGUGGGGGAGUUGGAGUGCAAUAAAAAGGCAGGGGAAGUGGUGUGAAGACAAGAGGUGGGGGAGUUGGAGUGCAACAAAGAGGCAGAGGAAGUGGUGUGAAGACAAGAGGUGGGGGAGUUGGAGUGCAACAAAGAGGCAGGGGGAAUGGCAUCAAGGUUAGGGGUGGAGGAGUUGGCAUGCAGCCAAGGGGCAGAGGCAUUCAGGUUAAUGUCCCUUCUAACUAUGCACAAGCCACACAAGGAUCACAAGCUUCAAAUAUCACUUCAGUUACAACUCAAACCUUAGGAAGUGGGUUUGGCAGCACCAACAAGUAACUGGCUUUCUUUUUGUGGAACAU